AUGAAGAUAACAGGUCUCUACUUCUACCCCAUAAAAGGUCUCAGGGGCAUCCCCCUAACAUCCGCCCAUCUCACCCCCCAAGGCAUCAAAUACGACCGCCGCUUCAUGCUCUGGAGUCUCAACGAAGACGGGUCCCUCCGCACUAAGAUUCAAGUCUUCUCUAACCCAGAAUGCGCUCUCUUCGAGCAGCAGGUCGUAGGGCUAUCGGAUGAGAGCGAUGAUGACUCGGAUGACGACAUCCCUCUCACCAAUGGCAAAGCGGUCGAGGGCGACAACAAGCCAGCCCCGACCAUCAUCGUCCGCUACAUCACCCCAAAGAAACCCCUCCUCCCAAAACACCCCGCCCACGAUACCCCGCUCACAGUCCCCCUCCGCCCGGACACUACGACCUUGGACCCCGCCACCAUUGACAUGUAUCGGAGCUCCACGAAAGCCUACCGCAUGGGCGACGCUUACGAUGCCUGGUUCUCCGCCUGCCUCGGCUUCCCCGCCGCUCUCAUCUACAUCGGCGACGGCAGGCGGCCGCAGCUGGGAUUUUUACCCCUAGCGCCGGCGCGGAAGCCGAAAAGGAGUGGCGCAGGGUUGCUUUUGAGCUUCGUUGACCUUGUUCUCGGAUACAUUUCCGCGUGUCUCUUUUAUCUCCUGACCUUUCCACUCUUGUUUGGUUACGACGAAGGGGGAGGGAAAAGAAGAAAAGACCGAGUUCACGAGAAUGCACAACCACCGUGGAUUACCUUUGCGGACAUGGCACCCUUCCUAGUCGUCUCCGAAUCAUCCCUCGCCGAUCUCUCCUCACGCGUCGGCGACUCUAAACCCCUCGAAAUGCACCGAUUCCGACCCAAUAUCAUCAUCGGGUCGUCGUCGCCAUCUACGGAUAAUCAUGCCAUCUCCGACGACGACCUUCGGCCCUGGGACGAAGACUUCUGGGCCGAACUCUCCGUCUCCGGCUCGCCCACCCUACAACUCACCGGGAACUGCGCACGCUGCGUCUCCGUCAACGUCGACUACGAAACGGGUCGUCCGACCGAGGGCAGGCGGGGCGCCGUGCUAAGGACUAUGGCCGCUACGCGCCGCGUCGACAAGGGGAAGAAGUGGGAGUCCAUCUUUGGCCGGUAUGCCUCUCUUGUCACCGUGCCUCGACGAGGCCUUCUUGGCUGGUGGGAAGGAGGAGGGAGAGAAGACCCUGGGAAGCUGAGGAAGAUUGCUGUUGGGGACGAGGUGCGUGUGACGAGGAGGAACCAGGAGAGAGAUGUUUGGGAUUGGCCCUCGCUAAAGGGCUAA